AUGGCACAACUUCCUCCUAAAAUCCCAAACAUGACACAACAUUGGCCUGAUUUCUCAUCCCAAAAGCUCUCUCCAUUCUCCACCGCAACCACAGCCGCUACAACUGAUUCAGCCGCCGUACAAAACCCCUCAUGGGUCGACGAAUUCCUCGACUUCUCAGCGUCUCGCCGCGUCAACCACCGUCGUUCAAUAAGCGAUUCCAUCGCGUUCCUCGAGGCUCCUAUCGUCGCCAGCAUCGAGGACCACCACCACUUCGAUAGGUUCGACGACGAACAAUUCAUGUCCAUGUUCAACGACGACGAUGACUUACAAAACAUCAAACCUUCCCAUAACAACAACAAUGUGGGACCCACAGGCUCUUCCUCGAAUACAUCGACGCCGUCCGAUCACAACAGCUUUAACGACGACAACAAAGAACCAUCAUCCGGUCAGAACAUUAGAGAUAAAAACAACAAGAAUAACGACGAAGUCCAGAGCCAAUGCAAGACGGAGCCAGAGGAUGGUACGGAGUCGAAUAACAAUUCCUGCGAUAGCUCCGGCAACCGGAUUCUCGAUCCUAAAAGGGUUAAGAGAAUAUUAGCAAAUCGGCAAUCAGCACAGAGAUCAAGGGUGAGGAAACUACAAUAUAUAUCGGAGCUCGAACGUAGCGUCACUUCAUUGCAGGCGGAAGUGUCAGUGUUAUCGCCAAGAGUCGCGUUCUUGGAUCACCAGCGUUUGCUUCUCAACGUCGACAACAGCGCUCUCAAGCAACGAAUCGCUGCUUUAGCUCAAGACAAGGUUUUCAAAGACGCACAUCAAGAAUCAUUAAAGAGGGAAAUAGAGAGACUUCGAGAAGUGUAUCAACAACAAAGCCUUAAGAAAAUGGAUAUUGCAAAUCAUUCACCGGCGACAGGAGCCGCUGCUACAUCGACCGUCGACAUCAACCCGUCUAUUGAACAAGAGCAGCUCCUCAAUUCACUUCUGCAAAUUCUAGAGACGGAACUGUGGUGCGUGGCGAUGAACAACGCCGAGGAUUCGGCACUUCAAACGGCCAUCGACUGGGCCUGUGGUCCCGGAAGCGCCGAUUGCGCCGGGAUCAACCAAGGCGGACCUUGCUACGAUCCGUCUGAUAUCCUGAAGAUGGCGUCGUAUGUUUUCAAACAACUAUUACCUGAAGAACGGCCUCGCCGAUGA